UAGGUUUACGAUACAGAAUUAGUUUAUCUCUAUAGUUAUGUGAUCGUAUCAGGUUAUGGAAUAGUUUAUGUUGUUAUAGUAAUCAACAUGAAUUUAGUCUCAGAUGAUGUUAACUGCUGAUGAUGACUGUACAUAUAAUUCAUCACAAACAUCUCAUGGAUUACAACAAGGUCGAAAAUUCCAGGAUUUUGUAAAACUACAUAUAAAACUACCGAUUUAUUACCAUCAUAAUCAUUAUCUUGAAUAG